GGUAAAACAAUAAAUCGAAACCUAUCGCUUUAAAUGUUCUAUCUCUCAUACCUCGCAGAUCAGAAAUCGUCGGCGAGAGAACUGUAAACACCUGUCUGUGUAUUUGCGGUAUACCGUCGCUUAUAUUAAUAUUAUUACCAUAUCCAUUCUGUCUGUAUAGAUAGGUCUUUAACACGCACUAAAUAUUGUUUACCAAAGAAAUGGUGAUGGAGAAACCAAGUCCCCUGCUUGUAGGGCGGGAGUUUGUGAGGCAGUAUUACACACUGUUGAACAAGGCGCCAGACUUCCUGCACAGGUUCUACGGGAGGAACUCCUCCUAUGUUCACGGGGGUCUUGACCCGAGUGGGAAACUGGUGGAAGCGGUGUAUGGGCAAUCGGAAAUCCACAAGAAGGUCAUGUCUCUGCAGUUCAGCGAGUGCCACACAAAGAUCCGGCACGUGGAUGCGCACGCCACGCUCAGCGACGGCGUCGUGGUGCAGGUACUUGGGGAGCUCUCCAAUAACGGGCAGCCCAUGCGGAAGUUCAUGCAGACGUUUGUGCUCGCCCCAGAGGGUUCAGUGGCCAACAAGUUCUACGUACACAAUGACAUCUUCCGUUACGAGGAUGAAGUUUUUUGCGACUCGGAAGCCGAACUUGACGAAGAAUCAGAGGAGGAAGUUGAAGAGGAGCCAGAAGAGAGGCAGGCAUCCCCCGAGCCGCUGCAAGAGAGCCCCAACAGCAGCGCCUACUACGAGCCUCACCCCGUCACUAACGGGGUGGAGGAACCGAUGGAGGAGCCGGCUCCUGAGCCGGAAAUGGAGCCAGGGCCUGAGCCCAAAGUCGAGGAGAUAAAGUCCGAAGUGGAUGAGAAGGUUCUGGAAGAAAUGGAGGAAAAGGCUCCCUCUCCAGCCCCGGUGGAGUCUCCACCCCAUGCACAGGAGCCACCCAAGUCCUUCUCAUGGGCCUCAGUGACCAGCAAAAACCUUCCCCCGACCGGCACCUCCUCUGGGAUCUCACCCCACGUUGUCAAAGCUCCAAGCUCACAAGCCCGAGUAGAUGCCAAGCCAGAGACACAGGCGGCGCCGCUCCGACCACGAGACCAGCGCACCCGCGACCGACCGACCUUCCCCCCACGAGGCCCCCGACCAGAUGGCGUACCGUCAUCGGAUGCGCAAAUGGGGAAACCGCACCUGAGUUUUGUUAACAAAGGCGGCAGAGGGGAAGGUGAACCCGGCGAAAUGGAUGGCAGGCGAACCGUGCGCUACCCGGACAGCCACCAGCUUUUUGUCGGCAACCUCCCGCACGACAUCGACGAGGGCGAGCUCAAAGACUUCUUCAUGACCUAUGGGACUGUUGUGGAGAUGCGCAUCAACACCAAGGGCAUCAGCGGCAAGCUCCCCAACUUUGGAUUUGUGGUUUUUGACGACUCUGAUCCCGUGCAGAAAAUCCUUGGGGCCAAGGUAGACGGGCCCAUCAUGUUUCGAGGCGAAGUGCGUCUUAACGUGGAGGAAAAGAAAACUCGGGCGGCACGCGAGCGAGAGAUCCGGGGCGGAGGCGGCGACGACCGCCGGGACAUGAGGCGCAACGAUCGAGGACCCGGGGGCCCCCGGGGCAUCAUGGGAAGCGGCAUGAUGCGAGAGCGCGACGGCAGAGGGCCGCCACCUCGGGGCGGCAUGGCUCCCAAGCUGGGCAUGGGGUCAGGAAGGAGCUCGGGAGGCCUCGGUGAAGGCCGCUUUACAACCCAGCGCCGUUGAGGAGAAUGGGGAGUUGUACCAUCGGCUUCACCUAUGUCAUCUUUGUUUUAUUGUUUUUUUUUUUGGCUCCCUCUUUGCUUUGGAAUGUGAUGCACCCUCCCGAUCUUAUUUAGUUGUGAGCC